GGGGUGAAAUGCUCUGUCCUUCCCUGUCAAUACUUGCAUAACAGAUUUUGUAACCCUCAAGUUGAGAUGGCAGAGUUGACAAUGCUGUGACCCGGAAAUUGGCGCCUCAGAAAACCUCCCAUCAUCUUGAUUCCUGUACCGGGAUGAUUGGGAAAGGGGGAAGCUGCGCAUAUGUAUUGCAAGAUAUCGGGGUGGUAGUGGCGACCCUGAGUGCUCCUAUCGCUCCUGCCUCUGUCCUUCUUGUCCAGUUUUGGCGUGUCUUGCUUUUGGAACAACACAUCAAUCAUCUCAGCCCAGAACCUACGCCUCGACUUCAAAUUUGUCAGUGGCCUAUUCUGUUUGCUGGGCUCUUCGUCCUGCGUCUACACCCACCCAAUCUGAUGUCUAACCAUCCUAUCCGCUAGGCUUGCCUGAUUCCACAGCACAGCACCGUCCAGGCGAAUCCUACUCACUUCUUCUUGAUCAGCUUCAGCUUUUCGGUUUUCCGUCGUGGCACAAAAACAGGGAGACGGUUGUCUCACCAUUCACCCGAGUGAACGGACCCCUUGACGUGAGAUGCGCGACCUACCUCAUCUUAGGCGACAUUAUAUUUUCCGCUAAAGUUACAGGCAUUGCACCUUAUACUCAGCGCAAACCGAAAUCACUUGCUUGAAUCGAGGCCGAACCCAGCUGCCAGUCCUCGUUAUGAGCCGAUCGCUGUCACAACAGGCUGCGGCCGACAAGGCGCCCGUCAUGACCCCUAGAAGGUUGGCACCGGGAGGUCAAAGAGAAUUGUCGUUUGCCGAGCGCAAAGCACAGGACACACCUCCUUCGACAUCGUCUCCGGCAACUGCAACCGGAGACAUACUGGUUCGUCCAGGGCGCAAAAGACACUCGAGGCCGGAUCUCGUCAAGCAACAGAACACCGUCAACUUCUUUGAAGACGCUUUUGCCGUGUCCGAGGGCAACACGGCACGGGAAAGGGUACAUGGGGAUGCCAUUGUCAUGGCCGAGGUCAAGACGAAUGUCAUCAUCAGUGACGAGUUCACUCUCAUCACCGAACUCUCAUAUCACCUAUCCACACGGUAUCAGCGCCCUGUCUCCUCCAUCAUCGUCACCUUGCAGCACGGAGCCUGCAUGCUUUUCGGAGGGACCUUUGACCCAGCCUACGUGAUGUCGAUAUAUGCGCUACCGUCGCAACUAUUGCCGACAACCAACAAGCGAAAUGCGGCAUUGAUCCAGAAACACAUGGAAGAAGCGAUAGGAGUAGCACCAGCGAGGGGCUUCCUGAGGUUCGUCCCUACCAAGGAAGAGCAUCUGGCAUGCAACGGUAAGACGAUGGCUGGGGAGAUUGAGGAGCUGGAAAAGACAAUGAAUGGAAUAGGUCUCGGAGGCGCCAACGUGACACUGGAUGAGGCACAGGGAGCCAUAUCCAAAAGCUUGAAGGCCAGGGGGAAGCUGAGUGCCAGGCCUAUGGCAAGCUUUCGAUCAUUAUCAGCGGCAGGGUUCCAUGCCAGAGAACUUACACCACCCACCAGCGCUGACGAGGCGCUUCCAACCAUUCCAGGCUCACCCUCGACGUCGCCGGGGGCAGCUCAACCUGGCGUCGGAGAUAAGGAAGGGCUUCCACGAGAGGAGGAUCAGCCCAGGACAGCACGUAAGAAGAAGAGCUUUGUGGCUGCCAUUUUCGGCCGGUCAGGUAGUGUCAAAAAGCCGGGGCAUCGCUCCUCAUUGCCGGUGAUACGUGAUUCAGGGUGA